AUGCAAAGCACUUCGCCAACCACGAUACAGUCCAAGGCUGAUGGGAAGGUACCGUUGGUUCUUGAUAUCGGUGUCAUAGGCGCUGGCAUCGCGGGUCUUGCAGCAGCCGCCGCCUUGACAAGAGCCGGGCAUCACGUAGACGUGUACGAAAAGUCUGUCUUCGCCAAUGAAAUCGGCGCAGCAAUCCACGUCUGUCCCAAUGGCACCCGCGUCCUACAGCUGUUAGACUUCCAGGUGGAUGAAGCACAAGUUCUGUUAGCAGAGGAAGGCAACAUCUGGAAUGGUGUGACGAUGGAGCGAAUAAUCCACAACGACUACUCGGAGUAUGGCGACAGAUUCGGCGCACCGUGGUACUUUGCCCAUCGCGUAGACUUGCACAAUGGACUCAAGCGUUGCGCGUUGAUUGCUCCCAGUCAAGGAACAGCAGCAGGUCUCCAUCUCGACAAAGCGGUGAAAGAUGUCGACUGUGAGACCGGUAAGAUUCACUUCGCUAAUGGCACAUCGACGACGAAGGAUAUCAUCAUCGGAGCAGAUGGCGUACAUUCCCGGGUGGCUUGGCAUGUACUUGGAGAAGAUACACCAAAGCCCUCGCCCAGUGGAGUAUGUGCUUUCCGAUUCUUGAUGCCAACGUCGAAAUUAUCAGAGAACGAGAAGACCCAGCCCUACUUCCAAUACCGAGUCAAUUCCUUCAAUGCCGCCACCACAGAUGAUCGACGAUUGGCAUGGUAUCCAUGUAGAGGUGGCGAGAUCAUAAAUUUCGUCGCACUCCAUCCAGAUAAGAACAAUCGGGUCGAGGUAGAAGAUUGGCACGCCCCUGCCCGACUGGAAGACCUGCUCGAGACCUUCAAGGGAUUUCAUCCAGCCAUACGGGAGAUGUGUGGUAUGGCGGAUGAAGUGAAACUGUAUAAGCUCCUGUAUCGAGCGCCAGUGCCUCGAUGGACUCGUGGGAAGGCGAUCCUGAUUGGCGACGCGAUCCAUCCUAUGCUCCCACAUCAAGCGCAAGGAGCGAACCAGGCACUGGAAGACGCUGCAGCAUUGCACGUCUGCUUGACCAAUAUCCAAGACAGAAGCCAGAUACCAGAUCGUUUGCAUACCGUCCAGGAGAGCCGUCGCGAUCGCGCGGCGGCCCUCCAAGUGUUCUCAAAUGCAGGCCAGGAUCAGCCUGAACGUACCAAAAAAGCCGCACGCCCGUUCGUCAAAGGACCAAUGCCUAGAAAUCCUCCUGAGUUCCACGAGUGGAUCUUCGGUCACAACGAGCUGGAGCAUAGUCGUGCGGUCCUGCAAGCUGUAAGCGUAGGCGCAUGA